AUGGGCGCUCCCCCGGGCAUGGCUGCCCCUGGGACGGCCCUUCCUCCAGGGAUUCAACAGGCAAACGCGCAACAGCCAGGUCGCCCAGGCGGCUUUCCAGCCAACUUUCAGCCUCCUCCCAACAUGCCCAACAUAAACUUCUCCGCGCCGGUUAUUCGACUUGGUACAUCUGGUCCCCCCAAGUCCGCGACACCUGAAGGUACAGGACGAUCUAGCGAAUCAAGUCGACGAGCCGGACUUGGGGCUACGAGCGUUGAGUCGCAGCGCCAGACCAUCCGCGAUGCGAUGAUGCAGCUUCAACCACCAACGAAAGAAGAAAUCUUGAGAACCAUAUUUGUUAGUGGUAUUACCGAGGGCACUGGAGGCGAUGACGGUGUAGAGCGUAUUCUACGAUGUGCAGGUAACCUGAAACGUUGGAUCCGCGCCACUGAUGCGGAUGAGAAGCCUUGCAAGUUUGGAUUUGCGGAAUACGAAGAUCUCGAAAGCCUCAGCGUGGCGUUAGAGAUUUUCAAGGAUGUCGAGGUUCCAGUUAAGCGACAGAUGCCUAGGGAAGAAGGCGAUAAGGAGGAGACUGAAGUGGAGAAGGCUAAGCUUUUGGUCGUUUUCGACGAAAGCACACUGAAAUACAUCGAGCAAUACCAGUUCACCGGGGAUGAGGAAGACGAUUCUGAUCGCAACUCCCGUAUUGACUCUGCCCGCCAAUCGCUUUUCACUGUGCUAGCAGAAUUAAUGCAUCCAACCGUACCUACGCAGACCGAUGAAGCAUCCACUGUUGAUCGCGACGGCGUCGUGUCUAUGCAGGAAGGAGGCGUCAAGGAUACUGCUGCGGAAGUCGUUACUAUCCCUAUCGCUGCUGAAGACGAAUUGUCGGACAUACCAGCUGAGAUGCGCGAGACGGUCGCCAAGGAAAUCGCUGCUUUCCGAGAGAGGAGCAACCGUCGGGAUCUUGAGCGUCUUCGCCGAGAGGAGGAAAUUGAAUCCAUGGAGCGUGCCAGGAAUUCGGGAGGACGUACCAACCGGCUGGUAUCCCCGCCUUUGUCAGCUCCCAGUGGACCUGCGGGAGGAGUCAAUGGUCGAAUGCACCCUCAGACCAAGGGCUUUGGUGUGCAGAUCCCGAAGGAGUACCAGAAAGGCGUCUCGUUCGUGAACGGUAACGGAGUGGCGUAUGGCCAGGAAGAUGAGGACACCGACACCAGCGACGAGGAACUGGAGCGUAGAAGACAAGAAAAGAGGAAUGCAGAAUUGGAGAAGCAAUUCUUAGAUCAGGAACGCAGAUGGUUGAACCGUGAACGGAGUCGUACAGCAGCUGUUGAACGUGAGAGAAAGCGUGACAGGGAAGAGGACGCCAAGGUCGAGGAAGCAAAAGAAACGAUGGCCAAAUUUCUUCGCGAGUGGAAUGACGAUGUGGAAGCUAGUCGUAAGGAGGAGGAAUACUAUGCAGACCAUGGAGCCUGGAUGCGAAACCGAGCGGCUAUCCGUGCAAGGGAAAUGAAGGCGGACGAAGCUGACCGAGCCGCUGAGGGACGAGAAAAGGCUCGAUCUGCUCAACAGCGUGAACAAGCUCGUGGUAUGGCGGACGACUUCUUGGCUCGCCAAGCUGAAGAGCUUGAAGCGCAACCACAAGCACCACGUGAACCUCAGCGAUUCAAACUUUCUCUUGGUGCGGCGGCACAGCAGAAAGCCCAGGCUGCCACGUCCCGUCGCACUGUUGCUGAAGUUGAAGGUCUACUCGAAGACGAAGAAGAGGGAGUCGCCACGACAAAACGCACGCUCGUCCCGAUCAAAUUCGAUACUGCUGCAGAAGCCUCUGGUCUCUCUGACGAAGAAAGGGCACAGGCUGUUCGACAGCUUGCGGCGGAAAUUCCUUCGGACAAGGAAGGCCUAUGGAAGUGGGAUGUCAAAUGGGAGUUUGUCGACGAGUCUGUUCUUGGCGAGCAGCUGAAACCAUUUGUUGAGAAGAAGAUUAUGGAGUAUCUCGGUGUGCAGGAGGAUAUGUUGGUUGAUGUUGUUGAAGAGCACAUUCGCAACCACGGAAAGCCCCAGGAGUUGGUCGAGCAAUUGGCCGAGGCCUUGGAUGAGGAAGCGGAAGUUUUGGUCAAGAAGUUGUGGCGUAUGAUCAUUUUCUUUUCUGAGAGUGAGAAGCGCGGUCUUUCGACAUAGUGAUGGUUUGUAUUCGGGGUUGCUCCAUGUAUCUACUGAUAUCUAGUAGGUAUGCGCUCUUCAGGGGCGUGGUCAAUUCAGAGAAUGGACUGCUAUUAUACAACAACUACUAUCUUACUCAACCAUCGGAGAAAACUGCGAGAUCCAUAUCAGGCACACUGCAUGCUAAUAGGCGGAAAAACCAUAGCAUCCUAUAAUCCCGCCAAUAGUAUCUAGUGGGGUAUUGCCCGAGUCACUUUUUACCCGCAAAAUGAACCCCCGCAUACAAAGCCUCAGUCAGUCUCAUCAUUGGAGCAUUAUUUGAAAUGGAUAUGGAAUACAAGGUAAAAAGGCAAGCGGACGUGGGAUGGUUGUAUGUAGUGCAGCCGGUCUGGUUUUUGACUAAUGGUUAUCUGGAACUUGGUUUAUAUAGCUUGGAUAUCCCCUCAUUGAUUUGAUUUCUCUCUCGUUUCUCUUCCUGGUUACAGCGCAUUACUGCAUAUUUCUUGUCCUUGCAUAGCAUAUUAAACUGUAACUGAUCAGUUGAUUUUCGACAG